AUAUUUACAGAACCAAAGAAAAACAAAUCCGCCGAUAAUCGUCCCUAACAAAGCGCAGAUAGCCACACGAAAUAGCGUCACCCCCUCCAGAGCUUCACUUUUUUUCCUUAUAGAGAGAGAAGAAAGUGGUGAGAGAAAGCUUCUAAAGCUUCGUCAAUGGCUUCCACAACAAGCAUAGCUCUUUUCCUCUCUCUCAAACCCUUUCAACUUCCUUACCAACACCAAAACCACCUCCAUUUUCUACCUCCUCCUCCUCUUCCAUCUCCCCGCUCUUUUCUCUCUCCAGCCUCCAUUUCUUACCGCCGGAAUCGCAUCAUCGGAUGCCUCGUCUCCGGCGUCGGAGGCGGUGGACUUUCCGAUACACGUAAAUCGGAAUUUUCUAGAGAGUUUGCCGUUAUCGCCACCAUGUUGAAACGCAUCGAACCUCUUGAUACAUCCGAUAUUUCCAAAGGUGUUUCUGAUUCUGCCAAGGAUUCUAUGAAACAGACGAUUUCUACAAUGCUCGGACUUUUGCCGUCUGAUCAGUUCUCUGUUUCUGUUAGGGUUUCGAAGGUUCCUUUUCAUCACCUCCUCGCCUCUUCCAUCAUAACUGGGUAUACACUAUGGAAUGCAGAAUAUCGUAUAUCAUUGAUGAGAAAUUUUGAGCUGUCUAUGGAUAGUUCGGAAUCAGAUAAAUUUGAGGUGGGGAGUGAGGCGUAUGGAUCGGAUUGUGAGGAACAAGAGUGUGAAGGUGCAAAGGCUUGUAUUGAUUUAGGCAUUGGUAGUCUUGAGCCGAUUAAUUCUCAUAACUUAAAGGGUUUGUCUCCAGAAGCUUUGAGAUACAUCCAACAAUUGAAAACAGAGUUAAGUUCUGCAAAGAAGGAACUAGAUACACAUAAGCAAGAUUCUCUGCAAAUUGAAUCAAAUGGAGGUAACGAUAAUAAUCUGCUUGAGUACCUCAGGUCCUUGGAGUUGUCUAUGGUGUCUGAACUUUCACAACCAAAUUCCGUAGAGGUAAAAGAAGUAAUCCAUGAACUAGUUCAAAGUACGAUAUAUAGAUUUUUCAAAGAUGAUCCCAUAUCCAAACCCAUUGGGAUUCCGACCAUAGCAAGCAUAAAGGAGCACCAAGUUGGCAGUGAAAGUUCAGAAAUGAUCACCACUUCCAGGGAUUCCCUUGCAAAACUUCUCUUCUGGGUCACUUAUAGGGUCAUAGCAUAUAGGGCUUUUGUAGGGUUCUGAUAAAAGCCCAAAUUUUUUCUUGAAAAACAAUAAGGGUCAAUGCCAGUAUACCACUACCAGACAUCUUCAUCUCUUGGAAGUUGGAAUUACUCUCUCUCUGAAGUUAAAACACUGAAAAUUAAUCAACAAUGACAUGAGCAUUCUUCCAUCAAUAUUCUGAGUUGAAAUCGAGUUGUAAAUCUCGAUGUGAGCAGUUGAGCACAUUCUUCCAUCAACACCUGCCAAUCUGCCAUUGUUCCCGCAGCGAAAUACAUGAGGAGCUAAAAAGCGUGAUUGAUAGAUGGAAUCCGGCGACAUCGCUACAGAUGCGAUCUGUUGAAGCUCUUAAUAGACUGCCAUUAUCAAUCGAUUUAGAUGAAAAGGAAAGAGUCAGGGAGGAAGGAAUGACGGAAUUGGGUUUGAGGAUGAAAUUGAAUUGGGGGAAAAUGAGGAGUGAGAAAUUAAGGUGAGAUUUUAGAUCGGUGGGAGGUGACAAAAUGUUGGUGUUCAUGGAUGGAUUGUUACUUUGUUAUUAGUGUUUCUCUUUGUUUUUAGAGUUUGCAUUUCUUUUGUUGUGCAGGAGCUUUUUCAUGACAUUUUUCAUGACAGGAAGCCAUGAUCAUUUUCCAUCAAUAUUACAUCCUUGACUUUAACGCAUCUACCAAAAAAAAGCUUUAAAAAAAGCCCGUUAAUUACCCUUUUGUAAUUUAGUCUUGACCCUGACCCUCUCGGCCCUGGCCCUGACCCUAUCCAAUAACACAUUCAAUUGACCCGCUAUUGACCCGCCCCUCUAUUGACCCUCCCUGACCCGACCCGACCCACCCAAUAACCAGGCCUAGUCAAGAAUCAU